CAAUUUUCCUGUUUGACCGCUAGGGUAUUACAACUCAUACUGUGGUACUCUAUUCGCCUGAACAGGACAACUUUAUGCCCGUUUAAGCAAGCCAUCAAACUACAUCAAAAUGAACGUCAUAGAUAAUGUGAGGGAUAUGGCCGCCGCGGGACUUCACUCAAACGUUCGGAUAAUUAGUAGUUUACUGCUGACAAUGAGCAAUAACAAUCCAGAACUGUUCUCACCAUCCCAGAAGUACCAGCUGCUGGUUUAUCAUGCAGAUGCCAUCUUCCAUGACAAGGAGUACCGUAAUGCUGCUUGCAAGUACAACAUGGCACUGCAGCAGAAGAAAGUGUUCAGCAAAACUUCUAAAGUGCGGCCAUCUACCGGGGGAACUGCAUCCUCCUUGCAGUCACAGAGUUUUCCCUCAGAGAUUGAGGUCAAGUAUAAGAUUGCAGAGUGCUACACCAUCCUGAAGCUGGAUAAGGAUGCAAUUGCAGUGCUUGAUGGGAUUCCAUCUAGACAGAGAACCCCAAAGAUCAACAUGAUGCUGGCUAAUCUGUACAGGAAGGCUGGACACGAACGCUCUGCUGUCACAAGCUACAAAGAGGUCCUGAGACAGUGUCCCUUGGCACUGGAUGCCAUCAUUGGUCUCCUGUCUCUGUCAGUGAAGGGUGCUGAGGUGGCGUCCAUGACUAUGGAUGUGAUCCAGAGUCUUCCCAACCUGGAGUGGCUCUCUGUGUGGAUCAAAUCCUAUGCCUUCAUACAUGCAGGGGACAACCACAGAGCAAUCAACUCUAUCCGCUCCCUGGAGAAGAAGUCUCUAAUGCGUGACAAUGUGGACCUGCUGGUGAGCCUGGCAGAUGUGUACUUCAGGGCAGGUGACACAAAGAACUCCAUCCUGAAGUUUGAGCAGGCCCAGAUGCUGGACCCUUAUCUGAUCAAAGGCAUGGAUGUAUAUGGCUACCUUAUGGCACGUGAGGGGCACCUGGAGGACGUUGAGGUCCUGGGAGGAAGGCUGUUCAACAUCUCAGACCAGCAUGCAGAGCCCUGGGUCAUAUCUGGAUGUCACAGCUUCUACAGUAAGCGCUACUCCCGGGCCCUCUACCUGGGUGCCAAGGCCAUCCAGCUGAACAGCAACAGUGUGCAAGCCCUCCUCCUGAAAGGGGCAGCACUGAGAAACAUGGGCCGAGUGCAGGAGGCCAUCAUCCACUUCAGAGAGGCCAUGCGCCUGGCGCCCUGCCGUCUGGACUGCUAUGAAGGUCUGAUUGACUGUUACCUGGCAUCCAAUGGGAUUCGAGAGGCAAUGGGGAUGGCCAAUAACAUCUAUAAGACCCUGGGAGCGAAUGCCCAGACUCUGACCAUCCUGGCUACAGUCUGCCUGGAGGACCCUGUGACCCAGGAGAAGGCCAAAACCCUGCUGGACAAGGCGCUAGCCCAGAGGCCUGACUACACCAAGGCUGUGGUCAAGAAGGCAGAACUGCUAAGUCGGGAACAGAAAUACGAGGAAGGGAUUGCUCUUCUCAGGAAUGCCUUGGCCAAUCAGAGCGACUGUGUGCUGCACAGGAUGCUGGGGGAUUUCUUGGUGGCGGUCAAUGAUUACCAAGAGGCUAUGGACCAAUACAGCAUAGCACUUAGCCUGGACCCGAAUGACCAGAAGUCUCUGGAAGGAAUGCAGAAGAUGGAGAAGGAGGAGAGCCCUGCUGAUGCCACUGUGGAGCUGGAUGGAGAUGACAUGGAGGGCAGCGGGGAGGAUGGAGAGCUGGAAGGUAGUGACAGUGAGGCAGCCCAGUGGGCAGACCAGGAGCAGUGGUUUGGCAUGCAGUGACCCAGGCCCACUGCAGAGACGCCAGGUGCACAGCGGGGGGCUGUGGGAAUAUGCCACACAUGGGCAUCAUGGGUUCCUGAUAUAAUGUUCCGGGGGACUCUAUAUGGGUGUAUACAAGAUACAGGUGUAUAAAGCCCCAUCUCAGGGUUAUAGACGUCAUCAUAGCAGCCACUGAGGUUUGGGGAGGAUGCAUUUUACAACCCAGCAGCCCAAAAUUAUAACCUGCCAUUCCACGUCUCCUUCCCUUUGCAAUCACUGAUUAGUUGGUAGGUGAAAAUGAACGUUACUAACCUAUUUCAUACCCAUCAGGGGUCCAAGAGUAGAGGCUAUACAGGAUUGUUGGGCCAUGGCCCCGGAGUUUCCUUGUUUGUUGGGUUAACACAAGAUAAUCUGAAGCCAGUAAUCAUUGAAAUUAUUCUUUUUUUGUUUGUAAUAUUUGCAUGUAUUAACACAUAUUGAUGUGAAACUUGUGACAUACUUUCCCUUCUGAAUAAUCAGGCAACUUAAGACCUGUGUGUCAAUCAUGGGGUCAUUUAAUUUGACAUAUUCUUUGCAAAGUAAUGUUAGUUUUCCAAUGCAGAUGUUUAACCGUGUGUGUGUGUGUGUGUGUGUGUGUGUGUGUGUAGGAGAUAUAAAAUCAUGACGUCUGGUCUCAUGCCCUGACAUUUUA